UGUGACCCACCGCUGUCUCCCGGGCCAGGCGGCGCCAUGGCGGGACGCAGAGCUGCCCUUAAGGCCGUGGACUGGGCGGCCUUCGCCGAGCGAGUGCCCCCGAACCAGCGAGCCAUGUUCAACGCGCUGAAGACCCGCAACGAUGCGCUGACGGCCCGGUUGGCUGCGCUGCCGGAGAAACCGCCGACCAUCGACUGGGCUUUCUACAAAGCUAAUGUUGCCAAAGCUGGAAUGGUGGAUGAGUUCCAGAAGAAGUUCAGUGCACUAAAGGUUCCUGAGCCAGUGGAUACACAAACUGCCAAGAUUGAUGCCCAGGAGAAGGAAGCUGCCAAGAGCACUGCUGAGUACAUCCAGGCUUCCAAAGCCCGCAUCGCCGAGUACGAGCAGCAGCUCCAGAAGCUCAAGAGCAUGAUUCCCUUUGAACAGAUGACAUUUGAAGACUUGUGUGAUGCCUUCCCUGAAAGCAAACUGAACAAGGAGAAAUAUCCAUACUGGCCCCACAAGCCAAUUGCUGAUCUGUAAAGUGGAACCAGUUUAAUGACUGUCAGACUCCAUGAUCUUAUAAAUAAAGAACUUUCUCUGUCUGUGGCUUAGAUCUGA